GAACCUUUGCGAAUGCGAUGUGGUGCCCUCAUCCGCUCCCCACCGCAACUUGCAUGAACACAACCGCACCUCAGAACUCCUCUGUAACCUCUACCUGUGCUCAUUCCUCGGAAGUACUGCACGGCUGCCGCCUCAUGGCGGCAUCCACAGCGUCGUCUAGCCCCUUGACGGCCUUCCUCCAUCGGCACGACGCACGCAGCCGACGCCGCGCAAGGUUCGUCGUCGCGGCGAGCACGGCGGACGCCGAGCCGUCCCCAGAGGCUACAGCGGCGUCGUCCUCGUCAACGGCAGGGCCAGGGAAGAAGAAGACGGUGGACACAAGGAUCCACUGGUCUGACCCAGACGAAGGGUGGGUGGGAGGAAAGGCGAACAAGGAAGGCGACGGCCGCAAGGACGAGCCGAUGGGGCGACGAUUCGCCGACCUCAUCAACAACCCGUCCGAGUCACACUACCAGUUCCUAGGAAUAUCGCCUGGUGCAGACAUAGAGGAGAUCAAGGCGGCGUACCGGCGGCUGUCCAAGGAGUACCACCCGGACACGACGAGGCUGCCGCUCAAGUCGGCCUCGGAGAAGUUCAUCCGGCUCCGGGAGGUGUACAAGGUGCUGAGCAAGGAGGAGAGCCGCCGCUUCUACGACUGGACGCUGGCGCAGGAGGCCGAGAGCCGCCGGCUGCAGCAGCUCAGGUCACGCCUCGAGGACCCCUACGAGCUCGACCUCCAGAACUACGAGCCCGUGCCCGACACGGUGGAUCGCCUUGGCGGGAAGAACAUGGAGCUCAGCGACCAGGCCAUGACCGCCCUCACGUUCGACAUCGGCAUCAUCAUCUUCAGCAUCUGCUGCAUCAUCUACGCCCUCUUCUUCAAGGAGCAAUACUGAUAGAACAGAAGGAUGCUGUAUAGUAGUACUGGACUACAGACACGAAUGGUACAGUAUAUGCAAGGUAAUAGCAGAUAAUGUCAUAUAGCGUAUUAUGUAACAUGAAAUACAAGCUAGGAAUCACUCAUAGGUAUUAUCUCAACAAUCCUAUAAUUUUGUCCAAAACUUGGAUGUUUGAGUGAAUGAGCUCUCUUCACUUUAUUAGGGCAACAAGUAUGUAAAUCUAAAAUACCAAGGUGCUAAACAUGACAACCUUGUCGUGCUAUACUACUCUUUUAUCUCUGGUCAAA